AAAUAUUUGCCUAUAUUGUCAUUUCGAUAUUAGAAUCUUGGAAAGUGGGAAAGUAAAAUCUUACGUAUCACAAUAUUUACCUCCGUGGAACAAAUAUUUGUCCCUUCAAACGUUUUUUCGUAUCAUUGAAAGCAAUGGGUUAGUGUUAGGUUUCAGCCUUGGGCAGUUCACCCUGCAUAUUGAUUGAUUCAAUACAGGAAGUAUGGGGGACAUAGGUCGAUAUGGGAUUGGACCUACGCAUAAAGGAAAUACUAAUCACGUGAGGGCAAUGGAAGGGUCAUUGAAUUCUUUCGAAAUGGUAACCUACCAAAUAGGGUCUAACAAUAGGUUCUUAUCCAUCUAGCAUUUAUUAUAUACAACCUUUUCCACCCUGAUAAGAAUCUUUCUUAGUAUCAACAGCUUAGAAUAACUAACAUAUCAAUUUAGAUAAUUAAGGAACUAAGUAGAAGCUAGCCCUCCAGAAUUAAUUUUAUUCUCAAAGACCCUCGACCACGCUUCAACUCCUAAUGAAACUCCAACCUUUUACAUCUCGAAACAAAGAAAGCACGAUACAUUAAUAAUAAUAAAAAAAAAAAACGUAUCGCGGGUUGCGCACGCACACUCCAGCCCGCGGGGAAAUCCCCGCGAGACGGUAUCAACGCGCGAACGCGGCCAUAAUGCACGCUCACGCAAGGUACUGCCGAGUUCUUCAUUAUCGUCAGGGGCCUAAAUUGCGUGGGCGUACCUAUACCUUCGUACAACGUUACUUACCUUGAUAUGUACUGUAGCCAGUACCCGCGCACGCACACGAACGCGGUGCCUCUUGCACGGACACGAGCUCGAUCGGUACUCGAGAACGUCUGCGGUUACAGGUUCGCUAGCCGAGCAUGGCCGAGGCUGCUCGAAGACUGCCGAGAGCUACGAAGCCGGUUGUCGCGCUCCUCGCCAGAUGCGACGGCGAGUCAGUAUCGCGUCAGUCCUCCAGCGGAAUUGGUCAGUGAUCUGUGUCAGAGCAGGGCCAGGCGUCACUAAAACUCUCGCUCGAUUUACUCGCGAACCAUCGCUCCGUUUACCUUUUGUACGCGAUUCUACGUUGUCGGUGGUUCGACGUGGUUUCUCGUUUCGUCGAUUAUAUAUCCGCCCUUGCGCCUCCCCCUCGUCGAGAGCGCGCCCGGUGUCCGCCGCGUACACCUAUAGCCGCGUAUAUAUGUAUACGUGCACGUAGUACCAUAUACAGUAAUACAGUGCCACAGUGGAGUUACCAGUGGGGAAAACAAAAAUUAGUUUGCAAGCGGACGUGCCUCACGGCGACCGUCGUCCACCACGUUCUGGAUCGUACAACGGCGGCAGGUGAGUCACGAAAGCCUACCAUAGACAAAUCCAUAGCUUCCGAUGAUUCCAAAUGAAGUUUCCCAACACAGGAGCGAAACGCAACUUGAAGAGACGAGCAACGAGGAGAGAGCGCCAACAUUGUCGAGUCGAGAUCCACAGGACGACAAGGCAACAAAUGGAGCAUAGAGGCGUGGCGGCCGAGCAGCAGGAGCAUCAGUAGCGAUCAGCGAUCGUCGGGGCCCUGAGUGGGCUCCUGAUCACUCGACGGGGACGUCGGCACCGGGGUCCGUGCUCGCGAGGGUGGGCGGCGUUGUAGCGCCGCGAUGGCCGCGACCGACGGUCAGAUCGUGGUUGCGGCGGCACGUUGGGCCGAGGAAGCGACGUACCUUCGCGAAUUCGUCUCCAAGUACCGUCUCCCUGCGGUGAUCAAGAUCACGAAGGGCCAGUACGGAGGGCUGGGGGUUCCCACACUGCCCGCGCCUAGUUUGCAGAGCACGGCGCUGCUGGUGUCCGCGGGACGUCGACGGAAGAUCGUCGCGCAGGCGGUGAAGAUCAAAGAGGGUCGCAGGGUGGUGGGUGUGGGGCCCAGGCUGGCUAUACCCGACUCUUACGCGGGUUAUUUCGAGAUCUUGAGCGAAGAAGGAAGAGCUGUGCGAGGGAUGGAGUCUGUGAACGAGCUGUGUCGACGUUGCCCUGACGAGGGGGCUCUGGUCAGGGAGACUGUGCGAGGAAUAGCUUGCAGAGUGGACGACGACUCGGGAAUAGUGGUACCCGAGGGUACGAGGACCCUUGCAGCGGGGGAGACUAUAGUGAUGGCGGGGGAGGUGAGUCUCCCCGGUCGUGGUAGAUUUCUGCGAUGCGUCGACUGUCGGGGCGAGAGCGUGCUGCUCGCAAUGGACCAGCGGGGUCGCUUCAGCGCUCUGGCGCGCGAGGACAACAUAAGCGGCGUCCACACAGCUAGAGCGUUGUUGAGCAAGCGGCUGCCAUUAACUGUCAGACUGGUGCACGGCCAGCCGCCCAGGGGAUUGAAGUCGUCGUCGCAGUUUGUCCCAGAACUGAGGCUGUUGUCCACGUUCGAAGAAGAGCACGUAUUCGCCUUGCCUCUGCAGAGAGAGGGAGCGGCGGUGGCGUUGCCGCUUGCAGCUCCGCUGAAGCUAGUAAAGGCGAGAAACGAAGAGGCUCUCAGGUCCAUGCAGGAGUUCACGAGGCUGGUGGAGCGCGCGUCCCGCCUCGUAGCCGACGUGGCGGAUCGCGCACACGUUCUGGAUGGUCGUUUAGGCGAGAGCAAACCCUCCAGGCAGACCAGAAGCGGCUCAGGCUUCCUCAGGCGGUCCUCAACGAACUCUGACAACGGACCUCUGAACCACCACAGGAACAACGCCAGCCACCAUCAUCAUCACCAUCAUUAUCAUAGCAACGGGCAUCAAGCGUCAUCAGGUCACGCGGCAUAUCGAGACGAGAAUCGUGUCCCUCCGUCAGCAUGUACGGAAGAGUACGACGAGAUAGAUCAGAUUUACGACUACGUCCGCGGAUUUGCGCCUCUGCCUAAAAGCGUCAGGUCACCCUACGAAAGUCCUCUGCCAGGCACACAGGGCUCCAGUCCUCCGUUGACACCUGUCACAGUGACGAUCGCGCCCUUGUUGGACGACAGACCGGAACCACCGCCCAUAGAAACCAUUCCCACGAAGAAGAUUCAGGCGGAGAAGAGGACGAGGCGCGCCGUCAAAGAGGCCCCCCAGCCUAGAGUCGAAAAGCCGCCCCUGGCCAAACUCUACGUGAAGAACAGCGGCACUCAAAGAGGACGCCCUUUGAUGAGGCAAAAGAGCGCGUCGCCGUUGAAGGAGACACCUCCUGGGUACAAGGGUGGAUCUCCGCUUUUUAAUAUACGAUACAAGAGCCUGACGAACCUUCAACAGGCCAUGGAGCUGGAUGGGACACUGGACUCCAGCCAUUCUGGAGGCAGGACUUCGGGGGACUCCGGUGCUGGUGCUAAGCUGCCGGAAAAAAGAUCGCGGCGUCUGAGCAGACCUCGUUCGUUGACGAAUUUAGUGUGGGAGCUACGCGGAGGAAGUGGCCUUGGCUGCACGAGACCGGAAACCCCGCCACCUGCCACAGCGGCACCGUUGCCACCGACUAAAUGCGGACCACGUCUCGCUGUCACCGUAGUGGCACCUCGACGUGUCGGCACGCUCUACCUCUAACUCAUUCGAACCGACGAAGGGCUGAAAGAAGGCAAAGAGCGGUCCGAAUGGGACGCCAUGGAUCUCCGAUGUCUUCAACUAAUCAAAACUCGUAGCCAGAGCUCAAGCAACGGAGACGGACCAGUGUCCGCCGACUUAAUCGACCACUUGUCCUUUUAAUCGAUAAACCGCGGCAGCCAUUCGAACGCGUAGCUUUUAAUCUACGAAUCGAACCAUUCCGAACCGUGGUCGCAUUUUUCUACGAGGAAUCGAGGCUCGCGAAAGCGUGAACGAGCUAGAAUGAUCUGCAUGAACAGAGAAAGAAUUUUUGCGAAACGUUCGUCGCGCAGACGUCAGUUGCGGUGGUUCUCCCUUUCAGGGAACGAGGUAGGAUCAUCUGGUGGUAGUAGGUAACAGAUGAAGGUGAAAAGAGGAUUGAGAGUGGGACUUGAAAGUGGGAAUCACUGCAUCUGGAAUGAGAGAAACAGAUCAGGGAAGGGAGACCUCUGUAGCUACUCGAGAUUUUCUACUCGAAGACGAAGUGGACCAACAGCGAUGCGUAACAGGAGAGUCUGGAAGAAUAGUCCUUAGAGAUUCUUCUACAAGGACUCGAGAAAGUGGCCUUGAUAUUACAGAUGCGAGAGAUUAGUCAGAACGAAGAACGUCUAAGCAAAUUGCCUUAAUACUAUGACUGUGAGAGAUUGGUCAAAAUAAAUAAGUCUUGUUCGAGCUACCUUUGUAGCUACAAGGUCUUCUAAUUCCUGUAUCUAGAAAGAAAGGAAACCUCUGUAGCUAUCGAAUCAAGAGUUCGUACUCAAAGUGACCAACAUGCGUAACGCAAGGCGUGUUGGAGAACAAUUGGAGUCCCCUAGGGAUUCCCCUACGAAGACUUAGAAAAGUUGCCUUAAUACUACGGGUGUAUGGGAUUAGGUCAAAAUAAACAGAUCUCGUUUGAACAACCCUCGUAGCUACAGAGUUUCCGAAGAUCAGUGUUAAUCCAGCUUCCAUUCAUUGCUGAGGAUGGAGCACACUCAACGAAUUUAGAUAUCGAAAAGAUCGUAAAGACAGGAUAACGUAGAAAGUAAGAGUGAGCGUAUGGAAGACUUUACGGAUCACGAGACUGCUUCUCAGGAAGGGGAAAGCGAGGAUUACGAACGAACGACUCAGAAAGGCGCUUCUCGUGCCCCAUAGGGAUCACGGAAUCGCUAGGCACACGCUACUAGGCAGCGAGAUCAUUCACGUUGAAAACGCGCCGUUAGUUUAAUCUACUAAGGAGCGUAAGUUAAGGAUACGAAUGCCAUAAUAAUGACCAAGUUUUGUGGUUGUACUUAAGUCAUACUUUUACACUUUACUGUUUACGUUAUUAAGGGCUAAUUAAGUACGUAAGUUGCAUAAUAUUCUAUCGACGGAGUGUCUUGUAUCGAUUUAACAUUAGGCCUCUGUUUUCUUUAAUUUUUUUUUUUACGGUUCCAUAUCGGCAGAUAACGCGGAUAGGGACACUCCCGACUCGCUGGAUAGAAAUUAGACAAGAUGAGACUCUGUGCCUUUUGUACUUACCCUCGUUACAGUGAAUGCUACCAAAAUGAUCUUUACGCGAGAAUUGAUUUUGAGCCUCGACUGAUGGGUUGAAAUAACUCACACGGUGCCUUCGUAGAUCCCUAAUUGGCUACAGUAAGUCGUCCGUUUGGGUCUAUAUGUCCCACAGCUCAUUUUGUCCGUAUGUGCACAGCAUAUACAUACAUACUUUGAUACAAUUUUAGGCGAGUCGAAACCUAGUUUAGAAUCACCUUGCAACGAUUCUACACGUCCAACCUGAGCUAUUAAACAUGUAAUGCGUGUUUCUCCCCCCCCCCCCCCUCCCCCCAUCAGUCGAGGAUUCAGCGAGUGGUUGUUGGUUGAAAAACUUGCCAGCAACGGGAGUCUCGAGAUAUCCGUUAUCAGUGCAUUUACAUCCGUCCCGGCGAUUCCACGAACGUGGACGAAGGCCUGUGACACCCAAGAUGGUGCGAGGGAACCGCUUAACGAACUCUUUUAUCGGAAGUCAGGUAUCGAGACCGCCUGUCGUUUAAUGGUCCUGGCCACACGACGCGCUCUGGACCUUGGUCUCGCUUUUGUGAUUAUUAUUUAAGUACAUGUUAAGCGUAUACUAGGUUAGGCUAGGCUUUUCACAAUAUCUCCUUAUGUACUUGAGAAAUUUACGUUCCCCCCUUCUUCUCUCGCUCGACGAAAUUCUGCGCAACCUCCGCUACACGACCCCCCGUGCCACCUGUACAACCAUCGUGGAUAAUAGUAAACCCUGUUUGAUAGAGGGCGUGGAAUUUCGUGGAACUAAGCGAGGCGAGAUUCGUGCAUUUAUACGUUUAGAAGAAAUAAAAUCAACCAAGAUUUUGGAGGACGAUUUUACCUCCGCCUCCGCCAUGGAGUCCGCGGGUGACCAAUUGGGUCGGUGAAACAGUUUGACGAUAAGAACACGUUUAAUCCGUACGACGUACUAGCUCUUACAGUUCUGUAACAUAAGUUUUCUAGCCCGUAACGUUAAGAAGGUGUAGAUUUUUGAUUCUCAUGAUAAACAUUCUAUUUUGCGUAAUGAAUUUGAGGGAGAAGGCACUCGGUCCCCUUUACGAUGGAACUCUGCGCGUUAUAAUUGUUCAGGAAUUGAGAACGAGUAUCACGUGCGCAGAGGUUCGCCGAGAUUUUGCCAGGAGAACGGAUCGCAGUGUUGCCAGUGUUCACGUUGUCCCCUAAAAGUCCCUAGUCUUUCGUUAUAGUCGUUGCACAUAGAUUCCAAAACUCCUGUAAUAACGGGAACCCCUUUUAGAACCGUUCGAGCUUCUCCAUGGAGAAGCUGUAGAGCUUCCCAUAUCCAGAGCUGUAGAACUAGUGUGUACGACUAUCUCCCACACCUUUUAUUUGUGCACAUGUAACUCUUGUUUUUUCCUACCGCAUUUUUGUCACAAUUCUUCUUUCUCGGUUCUCUUCGUGUCUAGUUAUUCACAGGGCAUUGGGUGCAUCAUUUUCUCGCAUUUUCCUCUUGUGUUUUAUCGCGACGGGAUAGCGCGGCGGUUCCCAUCAGUGAUUAAUGUUAUCAUGGUGAAAUGCUCGAUGCGUAAGGGUCGAGGAUCGUUGUGCCUUCGAGUGCGCAUGUUAACGAUCGUAAGGAUUACAGACAUCCACUUUGUGAUUCCGUAAACAGUUGUUCAGUGUUUUUUUUUUUUUUUUUUAUACUUCCCUUAAUGCUUAUCUAGGAUAGCUUGUGUACCCUAAAGAGUGUUUCAAUAAAAUUGACAAUGAAAUCAA